AUGGGCGACGACGAACGCGCGUGCACCGGCGUCUUUUCCGCGGCGUCUGCACCUCGACGGCCCUUCGCAGACGACGGUCCACCACACCCGGACGCUCCUUGCAGCAGCCUCGCCCCGCUCGACGAACGUCCGUCGGCUCCACUUCGCGCGCUGUGGGCUCCAGCCGUGCGAACCGCUUCGUCCAGCGCGCCUUCCGUGCUGCAACUGCUCGCCGCCGACACGGCUGGAUCCCGGACAACGACGUCUGUCCCGUCUACGUCCGCAAAUGUCCGCAGCGCGCGGAAUCUGGGACAAGAGCCGGGCCGGCACGCGCCCAGCUACGUACCGAACAAACGCCUGAAACGGUCCGUGCACUUGUUUUCAGAAACAAGUGGAGAAGCAGUGGGUGACCGCGCCGCGCUCUGCAGCAGCAGCAGCAGCUUCGAACACGACGACAACGACUGCGACAGCGACCAUGAGGCGCGCGACGCGCAGCUGGAAGUGUGGCGCGAAGACUCGCAGCAGCGCAUGGAGGUCAUGAGCAUCUCGCAGCAAAACACGCAAGAGUGCACGCAAACGACCGUCGGCGACAGCUCGUCGUCGAGUCUCGUGGUGCGCCUCGUGCUGCACCCGGACGUAGACAAAGUCGUGACGGCGUUCCAGAAGAAUGCGCUCGAGCAGCACGGACUGUACCGUAUUGACCUGCAGCUGACGACGCCGUGUGUCAAGUUGGGGCGGGAAGAGUUCCUCGGGAUCUUUGACAAGAAAACGUCGGCCGUGGACCCCGUGAAGCUGAGCCGGACGCACUGUCUCUUGGAGACGGCCGUGGACCCGGCAACCCACUGCCACGCGGGGUUUAUCACUGAUCGCAGCACGAAUGGCAUCAAACUGGACGGCGUGCCAGUCGAAAAGGACACGCGGCACAAGCUCGUGGACGGACAGACGAUUACGCUCUUGUCGUCGCGUCAGGGCAACGUGCUGCUGGGGUACGUCGUGGAAGAUCCACACGUGCGAGGCGCGCACGAAGACAGUAGCAGUAGUGGCACGAAGAGCACGCAACGAGCUGGUCUGGACGAGGCUGGACAGAAGGACCAGUCCAGUCGACAGCGACCCCAUGUCCAGGAGUACACGCUCGGCGUGCUGUUUGCCGCGCCACUCGUGGGCAAAGACGUGCAGGGCAAGUACCACCCAAUCGCGGAGCUCGAUGUCAAGCGCGAGUACUCGAUACUACAAACGAGUCUUAUGGACGCGGCUACGUUUGCCAAAGGACCGACGAUUACUACUACCAGCGACAGGGACGAUGCUGCAUUGGGUCGCACGGACGCGGACGGGGCGUUGUCCAGGACGUAUCAGUGCUCGCGGCAGAUCCACGUGGUCGCCAAGUUUGCCAACACGGACACGUUUCGAGCCAUGAUCACGCUUGGAUGCCGAGCACUUCACUUUUCAGGCCACGGGGACGAGAAUCACUUGUACUUUGAAGACGGCAUGGGAUUGGUCCAUCCGAUUCCUCACACAGGACUGCAGGAGCUGUUUUUGGCAGGAGGCGGGAGCGACGAGUCGACACUGCGUCUAGUGUUUGUUUCAGCGUGCUCGUCGGCACCGCUGGCACAUGCUUUUGUCUCGUGUGGCAUCCCGCACGUUAUCGGCGUGCGCUCGAACGAGAAGAUUGAAGACUACGCUGCGAUCGAGUUCACGCGCGCGUUUUACCUGGCCCUUGCAACUGGCAAGUCUGUCGGAGCCAGUUUUACCAUUGCGCAGCAAUCGGUUGCCAAGUCACCGAACAUUCGACGACCGCUCACUGUCGCGGAUAAAUUCGUACUCUAUCCGGAAGAUGGCGACCACUCGGAGGUUAUUUUUCCGUUGGUUGCUGUGGAGUCGACGAAGGGUACGGUUGAUCUGGUGCCGGUAAAGUCCAAACGGUACCCGACGUUGUGGUUCGAUGACAUGCCAGCGCGGUGUCAAGGAUUCUGCAGUCGCUCUAUUGAAGUGUACAAGAUCAGUCUUGCUUUGAUGAUGACGCAGUUUCGUAUCACACGCCUUGUGACGAUCUGCGGCGAGGAAGGUGUGGGGAAGACGGCAGUCGCUCACGCUGUAGCCAAUUACGUCGGACCGCGCAUUACUUCAGAGGGAGGUGUGCGCAUCUUUUCGGUUGCAAAGCUUGCCCAAGACGAAAUGGAUGAGCACGUGGGUAUGAUGCGGCGAAACAUCAACAUUGGUAACGGUAGAUGCCGCGUGCUGAAUCGGUUAGAGACGAUGGUGGUGGACCAUAUAAAGCAACACAAGGCCCGAAUCGAGUUCAACAGUCAGCACAUGCUCAUGGUCAUCGACGGCUGUGAUUAUCUCUUGCGCAAUGACGCUCGCCGCGACCGCUUUCGCACUUUCUUGUCCGAGAUACUGACGAAUAACGGGUUGCUGAAGAUUGUGCUGACGGCAAGAACGUCCAUUUGUACGGACGGCGCUGUCCGCGGCCAUGGAGAGCGACUCUACACGCUAUCAAAGUUUGACAUGAAGAGCGCGACCAUGAUGUUGGUGAGUCUUAUGAGUCGGCCUAUUCGUGUUGAAGAGCUGGACCACGCGCGUCUGCCUUCUACCACGGACAAGUUGGAGCUCAUCGCUUCGCACCCGGUCUUGCGAGCGACGAGGGGUAUUCCCAAACGUAUAGCUGACCUUGCUGGCAGGCUUAACGAGACAACUAUGGACAAAAUUGCUGUCGACGAGACUGUGUUGGAUCUCACGGAAUAA